AGCUUCUUUUUUCUGUUUCUUUUUCUUUUUUCUUAAAUAUAAAGUGUCAAUCAUGGGCAAUCAGACAUCUCGCAUCGAUCAACAUGGCAGCAAUGAUCCCUGCUUAGAUAAUAUGAAAGAAAUACACGACAGUAAUAGUCAAGAUCCCUUCAAGAGGCAAUACUCUUUACCGUCUAUUACUAACGAACAUGACCGCAUAAAGCCCAGAAAACAGUCUUCACCUGCAGCAGUUGACCCCACAAGAAGAAAACAGCUUAGAAAGUUCUUUUUUCGAAACAAUACCACACCAAACAGUCCUCUUAUAAAAGGCGAUAUACCCCACGUUCAGUUGGCAGCUUCCUCUUGCUCAACAUUUCAAUCACAAAGAUAUAUCCACCCUCUGACCACUACAUCCUCAUUUCAUUCAAUCGAUCAUUAUUCCGAGAAUGAGCCUUAUUCUACAAGUGUUGAUACACCAAGAUAUACCAUACAAGACGAUGAAAGGGACUAUAAUUAUGCGACAAUACAAAACAGAACAUACCGAAUAGCGAGUAAUAGUAGUUAUUUAUUACCUUGUGAUGAUGAAGAAGUAGAUAGACUGCAUUUACAACACUUUAUGAUACGAUUUGCUAUUCAAGGAAACUAUUUAGCACCGGUACAUGACUUGCUGAGAAAGGGUGGUAGAGUAUUAGAUGUUGGAUGCGGUCCAGGCGCUUGGUCUAUGGAGAUCGCAGGAGAGUAUCCAAAAUCAGUAAUCACUGGCAUCGACAUGGCUCCACUCUUUCCACGAGAUAUUAAGCCGACCAAUUGCGCAUUUUAUCAAUCCAACAUUUUGAACAAGUUGCCAUUUGAGGAUAGUUCAUUUGAUUAUAUUUUCAUGCGAUUCAUGAAUCAAGCAGUCAGCAUAGAGCAAUGGGAUAGCGUAUUAUCAGAAUUAAAUCGUGUGCUGAAGCCUGGCGGAUGGAUCGAAUGGGUGGAGGCGGAUGUUGAGAUACAUAGGCCAGGGCCUAAUACAAAAGAGUUUAAUCAGAAGUUAAUUGAGUUAAUGCAACAACGUCAUCAAGAUCCAUUCAUCGGAAGGAAUCUGAAGGAAAAAUUAAAGGAAAUAGAUCAGUUCAUCCAUAUAUCUUCCAUGUUUGUAUCAUGUCCAGGAGGUCAAUGGGCAGGAAAGCUUGGACAGUUAACCAUACAAUCUUGGAAAGCUUAUUAUAGAGCACUGGGGCCAUUAUUAUGUGAUCUUUGGGAUAUAAAUGAAAAGGAAUAUAUGGAGAGGUUAAAACAAUGUUGGAGAGAAGCUGACGAGUACAAAACAUUUGAAAAUAUCCAUUUCUGUUAUGCACAAAAGAAAAGUUCUUAAAAUUAUUUACUUGUAUUUUCUACUAUUCAUCUAAUGCUAAUACCAAUAAUACUAAUUGUAAUAAUAAUAAU